UUCGUUGCAUUCAAUUUCGUAGACAACGAGAAAUCCUUUGCCGAUGAUGUAGCAGUUGAUGCAGAAGGUAAUGCCUAUGUUACUGAUGCCAAAUCCAAUAAGAUUUGGAAGAUUGGGGCGGAUGGGAAGCUCGUAUCCGCUAUCAGAUAUCCACUCUUCAUUGCGAAAGAGUGGUACAAGAACCUGGUUGGGCUAAAUGGGAUUGUUUACCACCCAGAUGGGUUCUUGAUUGUCAUCCACACCUUUAGUGGCAUGUUAUAUAAGAUUGACAUAGCCAAGGAAGAUCAUGAAGUCAAGUUAAUUAAAGUAGCUGGAGGUUCACUUGCAUUUGGAGAUGGUCUAGAGCUCUUGUCUCCAACUAAACUUGUAGUUGCCGGAAAUCCCUCGGGGAGAUUGGUGGAGAGCUCCGAUAGGUGGGAGACGGCGUAUGUUGUGGCAAAGUUCAAGGGGCCUGCGCAUAGGUUGGCAACAGCAGCAACUGUCAAGAAUGGGAGGGUUUAUCUUAACCACUUGCUUGGUAUGGGAUACCCUAAAAAGAAGCAUGCUCUUGUCGAGGCUGUUUUUUCUAUUUGAGAGGAGGGCAAUCUGAGUUGUUGGUUAUAUGAUCCGAUUGAAGUUUCAUGUCGCAGAACUGGCUCCUUGCUGGUUUUGGAUCUGUAAUAUUGUAUCGCUACUGACUCCAGAACAUUUCAGUUCACUAGUGAAGCAUUCUGUUCUCCACGCCUGGCCUAACUUCCCCGGUAGAAUCCUCGGGACAGAUCAGGAUUGUGUAUUUAAUAUAUUUUUUUUUUUGUGUUA